AUGGAUCUUGAAUCUUCGUCAUCAAAUAUUGAUGAACAAUCAACUCAAAACAAUAAUUUAAAUAAAACAAACGAAGAAUCCUUAAGUACUCAUCAUUCACCAUCAAAUAUAAUAGGUACACAUCCAAAUGAAAUAAUAACAAGUAUAAAUCCUGAUAAUGGUUAUCCUGUUCGACAAGAAAAUGGUCAACGUAAAACUGGUCCACCACCUGAUUGGCCAACAACACGUCAACCACCAAGUCGUGGUUGUGAAGUAUUUGUUGGCAAAUUACCUCGUGAUUGUUUUGAAUCUGAAUUAUUUCCAUUAUUUGAACGUUGUGGACAAAUAUAUGAAAUGCGUUUAAUGAUGGAUUUUUCAGGUUUUAAUCGUGGUUAUGCAUUUAUAACAUAUACAAAUCGUGAUGAUGCUAAACGUUGUGUUAAAGAACUAAAUAAUUAUGAAAUACGUUCAAAUCAUUUAAUUGGUGUAUGUCAAUCCGUUGAUAAUUGUCGUUUAUUUGUAGGUGGUAUACCUAAAACAAAAAAACGUGAAGAAAUACUUGAAGAAAUGUGUAAAGUAACUGAAGGUGUUGUUGAUGUUAUUGUUUAUCCAAGUGCAAAUGAUAAAACUAAAAAUCGUGGUUUUGCUUUUGUUGAAUAUGAAAGUCAUCGAUCAGCAGCUAUGGCAAGAAGAAAAUUAUUACCAGGUAAUAUUCAAUUAUGGGGACAACAAAUAGCUGUUGAUUGGGCUGAACCAGAAAAUCAAGUUGAUGAAGAUAUUAUGGCAAAUGUUCGAGUUCUUUACGUACGAAAUUUAAUGAUGAGUACAACAGAAGAACAAAUAAAAGAAGUUUUUGAACGAUUUAAACCAAAUUCAAUUGAACGUGUAAAAAAAUUAAAAGACUAUGCAUUUGUUCACUUUAAACAACGUGAUGAUGCUUUACAUGCUAUGAAUCUUAUGAAUGGUUGUGAAUUGGAUGGAUCAAUUGUUGAAGUUACAUUAGCUAAACCAGUUGAUAAAAAUCAAUAUUUUAGAUUCACACGUGGUGUCAGUCCAUCAACAUUAACUACAAAUUUACCUUUUGCAAUACCAGCUGGUACUCUUGGUCCAGCUACUGCAUUUGAUUUAACAGCUAUACCAUAUUUAACUAUUCCUACAACAAAUACAGCACCAAUACCAAUGACUAAUGGUACAACAGUGAUUCCUGUAGCUGUAAAUCCUCUUCAACAAAAAAGUGUUCGUCGAUGUGUAAAUGCUACCGGUCGUCUAUCUACAAAUGGAAAUUCAAGUCCACCAUUAUUAAAUCGAACAACUCCAACAGGUGUUCUUUCAUCAUCAUCUCGUCCAACUCAACCAUCACCAAAUAUAGUUCAUCAUCGUGGUGCUUAUUAUACAAUUCUUCGUCCAACAUCACGUCGAACUGAUGAAAAGUGUCUCGAAGAUCUCUACAAAGAGACUUACGACGCGCUGUACAGCUCAGCUGCUAAUACCACCGCUCCAUCGAUAAUGAUGAUCGAUCCGAAUCAGCCUCAGUUUAUUUUAUCGGACCAACAAACCCACCAGCAGCAGUCAGAAGAGAUUUCAUUUACUCCAACAGCAUUUGGUUUUCCCCCUGGAACUCCGUUGUUUCAACCAGCUGCAAUAUUUCCUCAUCCACUUCUUGCGGGACAUCCAGCUAAUGCUCAACCAUUUCCUCAACAAUCAUUUGUUUUUGCAACGACAGGCAAUAAUGGACAAACUCAACAAUUUUUUCAUGCUCAUCCUCAACCUAAUUUUGCUUUUCCAUUUAUAUUAACUCCACCAUUAGCAACACCACAAACUCCAACAUCAACUAAUCCUGAAGCAUCAGUUUAUAAUUAUACAACAUCACCGUCAACAGUUACAACUACAGAUAGUAGUACUUAUUCGGCUUAA